GAAGCAGAAAAGCCGGUGGCUUAUAGUACAAGCGCGUCGCUCCAAGCCGGCGCACGCGCAUAUCGCUGAUACCGCGAAUCGGUAUAAAAGAGCACGUGCCCUUGAUGCAGACCAAUUCUACAUCGAACCUGAAAGAAGUACGACCUAAUAUUUAAAAAUGGACUCCCUGACAAGCUUUCUUCAAUUUCAUGGUGAAAAUGACACAGAGGGAGUGGUCAUCGCCAAGGGGGUAUCUAUGGCAGUUUUAUUCUGUGCCUCCAUGACCUGUGGUAUUAUACCAUUGUUUUUGGCGAAGCGGUUCAGAUGGAUUUCACCUGAUGAUGCGGGGAACUUGAAGUCCAAAAAUAGAGUGGUGAUGACUUUACUCUCCUUUGGUGGAGGUGUGCUGUUAUCUACCACCUUCCUGCAUUUACUUCCCGAGGUCGACCACAAUAUCGAAGACUUGCAAUCAUCGGGCAAGAUGCAAGAAUUUGAAUUCUCACUAGCUGCCUUGUUGAUGUGUUGCGGUUUCUUCAUCAUGUACUUAGUCGAAGAAUUGGUUCACAUAUACAUCCAUAGGCGUGAGAAGAAGAACGGACAAUCUUCCCCUUUAGUGAGGAAUCUAAGUGUGCGAAGGAGUCGAGCGAACAGCGACGGAAAAGAGAGUGAAAACAGUGCGACUAACUCCACUGCCGAUCUCAUUGACCCGACUUCUAUAACGAAAGGCAAGGAUGUAGAGGUGAACCACAAUCAGCAUUCCCAUUCGCAUGGACACAGCCAUUUGCCAAUAACCGCAGCUGACGAUGUGACCUCUGCUUUACGUGGCCUACUCAUUGUACUCGCUCUUUCUAUCCACGAACUCUUUGAAGGGUUAGCCGUUGGUCUGGAAUCCAGCACUUCUCAUGUUUGGUACAUGUUAGGUGCUGUAUCGGCCCACAAGUUGGUCAUCGCGUUUUGUAUCGGUGUGGAAUUGAUCGCCACUCGUACCAAGACAUGGCUUUCCGUUGUGUACAUAACAACAUUCGCUAUCGUUUCUCCACUGGGUAUCGGUAUCGGUCUGAUCCUAGUCGGUGGUGAAGGUGCUACCGCGGCUGGAGUGUACUCUGUGGUUCUCCAAGGACUCGCGUCUGGUACUCUGCUCUACGUCAUAUUCUUCGAAAUCUGGAAGAGUGACAGGACGGGCAUCCUGCAAUACAUAGCGGCUUUGAUUGGCUUCGGUCUAAUGUUCGGAUUACAGCUUCUUACUGGCCAUUCCCACAGUCAUUCCCACGGCGGCGGUAAUGAUAGCUCUGACCACGGACACAGUCACGACCGUUAAGACACAUACAAUACAAGUCUCCAGUUCCAGUUCCCAUUUGAAUAUUUAUUUAUUAGAUUAUUUAUACCUAUAUCUAGAUAGAUGGUUGCACAAAAAAAAACCAAAACAAACACGCCAACUUAAUUAUGUUGGUUGCGCGUCAGCUACGUUUGAUAAUAGCCAUCAUCAUACUCAGUGUGCGUGUACUUAGUAGCCAACUGUAGCUACUAAUUUUUGAGGUGUUCUCAGGUUUGACAUACUAUCUAGACAUAUCAAUAAUCAAAGAUUUAUUUAUAAUAAUCUUAUCAAGCGUUGUAAUCGAGUUAGAAUUGAAAUGGCAUCUAAAAGAAAAGUUAAGCAAUUAAAAAAUAUGACAGUCGAAAAUUUGUGAAAGAAAUUGUUUUUUUUUUUUUAUAUAUUACAAAUAUCAUAUGUCCAUUCCAUACAGCCUACGUCAUUGUAUAGACCGAAAACGCUAAAAUAGUAUUUAAUUUUAACGGCGUAUAAAUUAAGAUAAAUAAUAAAUAUUUUUAAUUGAAAUCAUUAUAAGCCAAUAAGUAUUGAUGUAAUAGUGAUAAUAAUUCAUGGACCUACUAUUAUAUAAAAUAGCAACUCAAAUGUUGUUCUCAGUAUAUUUUAUCUUUAUAUAAACAAUAUUUAUAUAAAGAUAAUAAACAUGUUAAAUUAACAAAUGUUAGUCUAGUCAGCAUUUUUAGCCACAGAUUUUGUUCGCAAUACAAAUUAUAUAUAACGUAACGAGUAGGUAAAACAGGUACCUACCCAAUUGUACAAUUGGGUAGCAUUAUUUCACCUUGUACCGGGCUACCAGCUUACCUAACUCGGUUUUAACCGUCUAGACAUGUAACUUAACUGUGUUACCCAAAUAUAAUUGAUGUCGAAAAGGUUUUCAAUAUUAUUGUAAUAAGAUAACAACUUCGUUGACAAUUUUAUGGCUGUACAUAAAACUUAAGGUCGAUAUUGUACAUCGUAUUUUUGUCACAAAUUAUUUUACUUAGGACAUUAAAAUACUUUUAGUAUAAUUUAUUUAAAGAAGAAAAGUUAAUAGCUGGGCUGUAUAAUUAUAGCUUUUGUCCAAAGACAAUUGCUUUGUAAGAUGGAUUGAAAUCCUAAUGCUCUGUCAAUUAUGCCUAUAAUUAUACGUUUUAGUCACUUUUUAUAACGAAAUUUAGGAUAAUACGUAUACUGUACGAGGAAGAGAAUUGUACCAAGCCAUGCCAGUACUUAUUCCCGCCUCUAGAAAACGCUGAUAAUCGUUUAAAAAAAAUUAGUUUUUAUGUGUUAACAUAACCGUGUCAAGGGAUCAUUAUGUUUGUAAUUUAAAUUACAAAAACCAUAUGAAAAUAUUAGAAAAUAUCAGUUUUGUAGAACAAAACGUAUGUCUGUGAUAUGAGUAACGAGGGCUACGGGGGCGUGGCGGUAUUAAUAGAAGUUAAAGUAACAAACACCUCGUGAGGGUCGUGUUCGAUCACAGUUUUUAAAGAUAGUGUUAAUGGUAAAUAUAUUUUGUAAUUUGUGUAAAUAUAUCAGUUUUAUUAA